AAUAACUCUAUUACUGUUAAAGUGAGUUGGAAUUAGUUUGACCGUAGAAAAAUGACUGAGUGUUUUUUUUUAUUAUUAUUAUUUUCUUCUUGGUGUCAGUUAGACAGACGUGACAGACGUGACUGCGUAAAAAAAGAAAAAAAGAAGAAGAAAAACUGACAGAGCGCGCGUGAGGCGGAAGACUGAGUCAGUCUUCAGUCAGGCAGCAGACGGAGAGGAUCAUGAGGCGGACCAGGUUUCCUUCCCAUCACCAGCAUCACUCCAGACCCAGCUAAGGAACGAUGUGUAACAACACCACGGAGGUGGUGCAGGACUACCCUUGCGUGCGCUUCUACGUGUCCACCCUCUCCUUCUCGGUCCUUCUCUUCUUCAACCUCAUCAUCAACUGGACCAUAGUUCGGGAGGAGCGGCUGCGGAGCCAUGCGCGCUUCGUGCUGGUCUUCCACCUGCUGGUGUCCGCUCUGGUCCACCUGGGCGUGAGCAGCGUCUUCUACUACCAGAUCCACCUGAACGCCCAGCUGAGCCCCAACGCUUGCCGGGCCAUGAUCACCGUCCUGAUCAGCAGCGCCUCCAACAUCCUGCUGACGCUCACGGCCAUGGCUCUGGACCGCUUCGUGGCCGUGUGCUACCCGAUGCGCUACACCUCCGCCUGCACGGCGGCGUACUGGCCGUGGCUGCUGGGCGUGCUCACCUGGAUGGUUGCCCUGGCGAUCCCCCUCAGCCUGCCUCUCAACCCGGGUCCCUCGGCGGGAGAACAUGUUACUUGCGACCGGAAUCAGCUGAAAAGGGGCGAGUUCCAGAAGGUGGUGUUCAUCGGACUGUGCACGCUGCUCAUUCUCUACAGCUACGUGAGGAUCCUGGUGGAGGGACGGCGGCUCGGGGUGCUCAACCGGAGGAACCGGGCCGGCUGCAGGACCAUCGCCCUGCACGGCACCCAGCUGGCCGUUUACAUCCUGCCCAACUUCGUGAACUUCGUGUUGUACCUCAUGUUGAAAAAAAACAUUAUUGAGAGUGACACCAAGGAGCUGUCCGCCGUGGUUAUCUUUGCGUUCUUCAGCGUGGCGCAAUGCGUGGCGCCCGUUGUUUACGGCUUGCGCAAAGAGGAACUUCUGGAGCAGCUGAAUCGUCGGUUCCCCUGCUGCUCCCGGUACCUGAAGGCUGUGCUCGGCUGGACCGUGAGAGCCAACUGGCCCCAUACACAACCCAGAGGAAGGGAGCGGACGCUGACUGCUCAGACCAUCAUCUCCUUGGAAGUCCCACAAGAGAACCGGGAGGAAGAGACCGAGCCGCUGCCAGACACCAGUCGCUCACAUGAUUCACAUUCAUACAAAGGAAUUAUGGACAACGCCUGAUGGGAAAGGCUAAUUAAUGCCAAGAUUAGAGGGAAAAGCCUUUGUUUCCAACAUAUAUUGUUAUCUUGUGCUGGAAAGGAACUUUGUGAGAUGCUUCUAAUGAAUUCCUUCAGAAGAAAAUUGGAUAUGCAGAUGCAAGGGAAAACACAAAGCCAGAUAUUGGACUAUUAAUUCUUCUUUCAUCUGAAGCUUUCUCCAAGGCCAGGUGGAACAGUUGUCUGAUUGCAGAAGUCCUUUGUAUGGCUCAGGGGAAACCCACUCGUCCGUCUGCAUCCGACCUCUUCCUCCUUUUGGGACAAUGCUGACUGGCACGGAGGAUAUAUUUGAACGUUUAGCCAUCUGGAUGUUUUGUGUCAUUCAUACCCUGGGAUACCAAAAAUGUGUCAAGCCUGAAAUUCCUUAUUCACUGAUUUCCUGAGGCUGAAAUCAGCUGAAGGAACUAAAGUUACAUAGCAUGUUUCUUGCUAUGUAAGAGUUGAUUUUCAUCAUUCAUGCAUGCAUUUCAAGAUAGCGCGCUACUACAGGCAACCAUUUCCAUUUUUUCUCCAAAGGUUAGAAAAAGGGUUUGAAAAAAAAUUGCUUAAUACUUUGAAGUAGCUCUUCUUUUAAAGUGAUGAUAAACAAAUGGCAGAAAUCACAUAUUGUCCACUUUCUGCUUGUUCAUCACACCGUUAUGCAACUUACAACUUAUUUAUUUAAAAAAGACUUACUCCCCAUUUACUAACUAUUUUCAGCUGAUCCCAUAAGCUACAUUUCAAAAUGUGAAUUUUUUCCUGAAUAUGUUACCGUUUUUAUAAAAUUC